GCGGGAGGCAGGGCUCAGCCCCGGCGGCGGCGGUGGUGGGGCUUCCCCCACUCCCUGCCUGCCCGCCGCCGUGCCCGAGCCGCUCCUGCUGCUGGGCUGCUGCCUGCGGCCGCAGGACCCGGCCGAGCCGGGCCGAGGUGAGCGCGGGCGACUGCUGGCGGCGGCCGAGAUGAUGGCCGAAGGCAGCGGCGGGCCGGCGCGGAGGAAGGCGCUGUCGCUGCUGGAGGCGGCCCGCAACCGCUACGAGAGCCUGCAGAUCUCCGACGAUGUCUUCGGGGAGUCGGGCCAGGACAGCAGCGGGAAUCCCUUCUACAGCACCUCGGCCGACUCCCGCUCUGCCGCCUCUUCCCAGGACGAGGAGGACGACGAGGAGGAUGAGGGGCGCCUGGAGGGGCCGGGCCCGCGAGGCAGGGCGGCCCGGCGCCGCGCCCCCAGGGCGGCGGCCACCCCGGCGGGGCGGCGGCGGCAGCGGCAGGGCGGCGGCGGCGCCGGCCCCGGCCCUAUGGAGGAGGAGGAGGAGGAGGAGGAGGAAGCGGAGAAGGGGGGCUGGACCCGGUCGCUGCGAGACGUCCCACCCCCUUAUUUCAAGGAUGGCAGCGGUCCAACAAGAAAAAUGCCCCAGACUGCCAGUGCCAUGGACUUUUUUCAGCUCUUUGUCCCUGACAAUGUACUAAAGAAUAUGGUGGUCCAAACCAACAUGUAUGCCAAGAAGUACCAGGAGAGGUUUGGUAGUGAUGAUGCCUGGAUUGACGUCACCCUGAUGGAAAUGAAGGCCUUCUUAGGCUACAUGAUAUCUACCAGCAUCCACCACUGUGAGUCCGUUCUCAGCAUCUGGAGCAGCGGCUUCUACAGCAACAAGAGCAUUGCGCUUAUCAUGACACAAUCACGGUUUGAGAAGAUCCUGAAGUACUUCCACGUUGUGGCCUUCCGCUCGAGCCAGACCACGCAUGGCCUCUACAAAAUCCAGCCUUUUCUGGACUCUCUGCAGAAUGGCUUUGACUCCGCUUUUAGACCUUCACAAGCCCAGGUACUACAUGAACCCCUGAUUGACGAGGAUCCUGUUUUCAUUGCCACGUGCACGGAGAGGGAGCUGCGCAAGAGGAAAAAGAGGAAAUUCAGUCUCUGGGUUCGGCAGUGCUCGUCCACUGGUUUUAUCUGCCAGAUUUAUGUCCAUCUCAAAGAAGGGAGUGGUGCUGAUGGGCUGGAUGCUUUGAAGAACAAACCGCAGCUCCACAGUAUGGUGGCGAAAAGCCUCUGUCAGAACGCCUCUGGGAAGAACUACAUCAUCUUCACUGGCCCAAGCAUUACCAGCCUGAAUCUCUUUGAAGAGUUUGAGAAGCAAGGGAUUUACUGCUGCGGGUUGCUGAGCACCAGGAAGAGUGACUGCACAGGCCUACCUCCAUCCAUGCUGAACAACCCUGAAACUCCCCAGUCCAGAGGACAAUACAGAAUAAGAAUGAAGGGAAACAUGUCCUUGAUCUGCUGGUACAAUAAAGGGCACUUUCGUUUUCUGACCAAUGCCUAUUCACCGGUUCAGCAAGGAGUGAUAAUUAAGAGAAAAAGUGGAGAAAUUCCCUGCCCAUUGGCAGUUGAAGCUUUUGCUGCUCACCUUAGCUACAUCUGCAAAUAUGACGACAAAUACAGCAAGUAUUUCAUUUCUCACAAACCAAACAAGACCUGGCAACAAGUAUUCUGGUUUGCCAUCAGCAUCGCUAUAAACAAUGCCUACAUCCUCUACAAAAUGUCAGAGGCCUACCACGUGACGAGGUAUAGCCGUGCACAGUUUGGUGAGAGACUGGUAAAGGAGCUGCUGGGCUUGGAAGACACCUCACCUUCCCAUUGAUGCAUUGUUCUUGGUGGCGUAGGCAGGGACUGGAGGGUAAGCGGAGGAAGAUACCAUCCCUGGAACGGCAAAGCAAGGAACUCCUGACACCACCAGUGCUGUCCUUAUCCAAAAAUGCCAAGUGACGCCACUAGAGAGGUGGAAGCUUUGUUCCUAUUAGCAACUGGAUGAAAGACGUGUCCUGCAGAAAGUGCCACUGGAAAGGUGACACAAAAAUCGCAUGUGUGAAUGCCCUGUGGGGAUCUGCACGCCAGGAACAGACUGAAACCAGUCGUCAUCUCAAUACUAUUUGUCAAACAGAGUCAUCUGAUAAAGUUCCUCUCAGGCUAAGAGCUUGUCCUAAGUCUGAGGUGGGCAUUACAGAGAGCUCUGUACCUUAGUCAGAGUUUCUACAUUCUGGGCCAAGCAAUGUCAGGCUGCAGCAGAGGCCGUGACUGAGGGCGGCUGCCGUCCCAUGAGGCACUGCCAGCUCCCUCCAGACACAGGCACUGAAGCAAACACCCUGACAAAUGAAACCUUGGCAGGCAGGCAGACAGACAGGUAGACAGGCAGGGACUCAGCACCAGUUCAGGCUUCCCCUUCCUCUCUUGUUUUUUACUUUGUUUCUUCCUUUGUUUUUAAUUAAUGUAACGUGAACCAACUUGAUCCCAGUUAGAAAAUUAGGAUGCAACCAAAUACGUCAGUGGGUUUAAAAGGGAAACACAGUGCAUUGGUUUUCUUUUUUUAACCAGGGUGCAACAUUUUGUACACAAACAAACAGUGAGAAUUACUGUAAGUAUCAACAAUGAGUGAGCCAGUGAGUGAUACUGCCUCACAUCUCAACUGCCACGGGCUGUGCACAGGUGAGAAACCAGAGUACAACAAUUAUAUGUUUUUGCUUGAUUUCAACUGUAUCUUAAAUGUUGCUUUAAAAAAAAAUCUAAUGUAAUGGACUGUUAAGUUUUUAGGAACAACAAUUUCUUUCUUUUGUUACUGUCAAGGCUUUUUUUUGGUCUAUUUUAGAACUUCAUUUGGCACACAGUUGGCAGGAAAAAAAAACAAGUCACUAAUAGCAGUGUGUUUCCCAUUAUCACUGCAGGGUGUCGUGUAAAAGUUCUUCUUGUUAGAAUUCAAGGCUUGUCACAGUAGUCGUAAUUAGGCAGAUUACACAUUUAGCAAAAUAACUUAGCAUUGUGUUUUACAAAAGGAAAGAAGUCCAGUUGCAACCAGAGCUUAAACCUCACUAAAACAGGGCAAGCCCAAAGAGUUCUGUUCUGAGUAACACUGCAGAACAGAAGCAGCAUCGCAAACUGAUGCCCAAGGGUGACACCCCACGUUUUGGUGCUGAUGGAAUCUGAGGGCUGCAGAAGCUCUGGAAAACAAUGCUGAGAGGUAUGACUGAAACAGGGGAGAGUCGAUACUGAGCUGAAACACUACCCUGCCCUCUGCUCAUUAUUGAUUUCAGCCCACAACUCAAUUGGUAUUCUGAAAGUUAGCAGUGAUAGAGACAGAGCUGCAUUAACUUACAGGGCAGAAGCAUGUUGCUUAGAGGACCAGCUGGUUUUAGGUCCUCAAGCCUGAAAAGUUUUACUGCAGAAUGACAUGGGUUGGUUCAAGAGGAACAGAGUGAUUGAUUUCUUUAUCAACCAAGCAUCUAUCUGGCAAGAGGCAACAGAGGGCAACCAACGUGAAUUUGAGAACUCCCCAGAUUUCAUCAUCGUGUGCUAUGGAAAUGCAUAGCAUCUAAAUUGUGACAGAGGAAGAAUCCAACAGGGUUUAGGGGUUACUGACUAGUCCAAAGAGCAUACUUGCACUGACAUCUUUCUUUAUUCACCAAGGUCUUAUAUUUUUGGAGUAGACUCAAAGGCAGAUCACACCUGGUUGCAGAGAGAGUAAAGGGAUGGCCAACUCCAUGGUGGUUCUGAUUGCAGUACAGCCUGGAAAAUGGCCCACAGGUCCUGCUCCGCCUGCCAGCUGCACAGUGAAUUGCAGUGGGUUUCCUAAGCAUCCCUUUUCCCUUCUCAGUCCACAAGGCCUCAUCCCAAGAAAUGUGGGAGAAAGGGUAAAAACCUUGUGCACUGAGGCCACCUAGCCUCAAAAGGAAGGAGAAUUUGUACCACUCUAGUCCUUGGCAAUGCCAAGCUACAUAGGAGCCCAAGGAUGAGUUCAAGAUGUCUUGGCACUGCAGAGAACUAAGACCUCACCCUCUUUGAAGAAGUGUGUGUGGGAGAUGGUUCUCAUCAGCCUUACAAGUAUGCAAAGGAGGAGAGGAGCUAGCAUGAGGCACAAGAAACAAAUGCUCAGCAACAUAAGCCCAGAGUUUACUUUUUUUAGGGAAUCCCACAGUGGUAACCUAAAGUCAAAUGGCAUUCUUUUUGCUCCCUGCUUCAGACAAUGCCACCCUCUGUUGCAACGGGAUAAGUGGCUACAAGGAAGUUUACAUGGCAGUCAAAAAAGGGGCAGUAAGGAAAGAUCUGGCUAGAUCUUUGCUUAUGUGACUGACAGCUGCAACAUCGGAGCACUUGCAAGGUGCACAGGGAGAGGAUUUCAGGACCUCCUUAGAGCCCCUCAGCACUUCUGAGGAGUAAGCACAGCGCUCUCCAGCUAUAUCAUAGCCCUGAGAUAGAUCUGGAGCCCUUGGCCACUUUGUAUACUACUAUGUGCUUAAAGGCUUGGAUGUAGGCCGUCAUGUUCAGAAAAUGCCCUUUGUUUGUUUGUUUCAGGUAACAAGGCCUUGGAAUGUUUAAUUUUCCACUAAAUAUAUGCUGUUAAUUAUAUGGAUUACUUGAGCUAAAAUAAUGAGGUCCUAGCUUUUUGCCUCAGGGACUGGGUCCUGAGUAGUUUUCCCUAGAAUUGGUGUUGAUGGGGGAUUACACAGUGGCUGACUAUUACAGGGAAGAUGCUUUAGUCUCCUUUGUAAAGGAGAAAAAAGAAGACAAAAUUAUAGCUUUGCAAUGAAUUUCAUUUUCUUAGCCUUAAGCAUCCCUCAUCAUUUUAAACUGGUGCCCUAGACAUGCACAAACAUUCCAUAAGUAAGCAAAAAUAUUUAUAUAUAUUUAUAUGUACAAAAUGCCUGAAUUUUGGCUCUUGAAGCCAACAAGCAAAAGCCACCAAAGCAUAGUCUAUAUCCACAGAUGACUGUUCCACGUCAUCAUCUCCAUUUGUUGACUGGGAGGGGAUAGGGUCAGGGAGAGGGAAGCUUUCUCCUUGUUUAAAAUGCAUCUUGCACUUUCUCUAUGUUACUCCACACGAGGCAAAGUUGUUUAGGAAGAAAUGGAAUCAAUUCUAAAAGGCAAAAGUUUGUUCAGUCCAGCUUAGCUUCUGUAGCAUUUCCUUUACUGCAAACUAGCUUACUCAGAUUCGGUUCCCCACCUGCUUGUAACAUUUAAAGCUUCUCCCUAGUUAAAGGGGAAGAAAUAAAAGAGGGGUUAGUCUCAAAGUAGUGCAAGGAUGCUAGUUACAGCGUGCACGUGUGUGUUAGUUGUGCAAUGGCUUGUGAAAUGAUAGCAAGUUUGGGUUGGUAUGGGUUUGUUUGGGGUUUUUUUUUUGUAGCCUUGAGACAAUCUGGGUAAGAGAUCUUAAAGCUCAGCUUUAGCUAAAAUGCAGUAGAAAUGCCAAGCACGUCACAGAGGAACGUCCCCAGAUUUUUACAGGGGAAAAAACCAGUUUGACGGGAGCAUUUCUCACCUGAAGUGAAUUUUCACUUACACCUGUAAGUAAUGUACAUCUGAACAUCUGAAAACUGGAAACUAUUUCUUUAUGGUGUGUGAUCAUUGUUUGAAAGACCUGAGACCAUCAGUAAGACAUACUGACCAUCUUCUAUGCACAGUACUUCUUUCAAGCAAUGUCUGUUGUGCCAUGAUCCAUUCUGGGGAAACAUUCUUUUCCUAGUGUGUAAUGUAACACUCACAAGAGCUUAGAAGCUACUAUGGAAUGGUUUCCAGUACUGUUGUCUCAGCUGAAAAAUACUUCAAGGGCUUGCAGAAACUCUGCUGCUUUUUACUGCAGCCCAUUUGUGCACUUGAUAGUAGGGCACAAUUUAAAAACAUCUCCAUUUUUCAUUUCUGUUCUCGUUCCCCAGCCCUUCUACAUUUACAAAGCAGUUCAAGAAUAUCAAAUCUAUAGAAGUCUCAGUGUCCCUAAUGGGUACAACUUUGUUUUCUUGAGACAGUCCUUAGAGAGAAAUGGAUUUAUCUGCUUCCAGACUGACAUUAAGGACAGCAACUCAAAGCAGCAUUCCCAUUCCUUACUUCCAGCUACACACAUAUGGUGUGUUUUUCCCUUUGGCUGAAAAGGCUUUUUUUCCUUCUAACAUCUAUUUAGUAGUCUGUCUUGAGCUGGUGAGCAGUGAAAGAAGCCUCCAGUGUCUCCCUUGUACACAUCUUAGUGCCCUAUACGUAGGGCUGACUUUUAGUGAUGAAUGAGGGAUUAUGCUGCAUUGAUAAUGCUGUGUGUCUGGGCUGCUCUCCAUGGAAAGACUGCAAAGUGCUUUAACUACCUUAGCACUCAUGAGACAUUGUUAGCUCCUCAAAUAGGAGCUUCCUCAUCCCUAAUCAGAUACCAAGGUACAGCAUAGGCAAAAGGGGCGAUGAAACUGUAAAGUGGAAUUCACACUCCUGCUGAAAAGUCCACUUUCUGCAUUUUCAAUAGCUUGGUUCUUGUUCCAUUGCACUUUUCCAAACUGGAAAUGAAAGCAUGCCAAACAUCCUGCCACUCUGAAGUAAGGGCUGGGAGACUGACAGCACUUUGACAGCCCAUAUAGACUGGAAUGAGUCAAAACCAAGUCGCACUGAAGGUAAGAGAAAACUGGACAAAACAAAGCAGCCCAACCUGCCAAGGGGGGCUUAGGGGAGAUGAAUGGAGAAUCUGAAGCUGUGAUGUCAUUCAGUAAUCGAGGUAAAAUUCAGACAAAUAACUACUAAGACUGACCUCAGAAAAAUUACUGAGGGUUAGAAGGAAUAUGAAGUCUUCCUUCCAUCCAUCCAUUCAUCCAUCCAUCCAUCCGUUGUGGAGUUUGCCAUGGGACUUUCAAUCUUGCAUCAGUCCUAGCAACAAGAUUGUUAAAAAGAGCUCAUCUAACUCUGGUUGAGAACAUUCAAGCUUUAAAGGAGUGUUAGCAAUGUUUCACAAAGGCAAGGAACUCUAAGCUCAAAACAUGUACAUACGUUUGGCCUGUACCAAAUUAACUGGGACCUUUGGCCUCAGACAGAUCAGGUCAGCAUCUGCUCAAAUGCAAGCUUGUUACCAGUGCUACUUGAUACACAAUAUUCCUUCUUGUAACAGUUCUUCCCAAGCCUACCUUUGUUUCCAGAAGCGUUAUGAGCUAGAACUGGAAAAGCCUCCUUACCAGUGUUGAGGUACAGUUGAGAAUCAUCUCAGUGUUGAGGAAUAGUUGAGAAUACCUGUGCUUUAUACAAAAAGGAUCCCUUCCACUUCUUUUGUGAGACAGCUCUCCAUCUUCAGAAAUGUAGCCCUGGAGAAGUUUCCCGCUUUCCUUCCCUCCUUCCAUAGAUUCAGAGCACAUCCAAAUCAUCCCACAGGUUUUUGGUCAGUCUGGAAGAAGUGACAACACAGAGUUGGCCUUUCAGUUUACUUUUAUAGUAUUUCUUUGCUGACCCUUUUGGCUAUUUUGUGAAUCUCAGAUGAAACAAAGUGUUGUUUCUGAAGCCCAUACUAAUUGCAAUCACUGUGAAGGUGUUGCCCAUCUUCCCCCUGUGAGUGCUGCCCAUCCCACAUCACCACACCUGCUGCUCCCAAUGGGAUGGCUGUAACAUUCCUCAGCUCUGCAUCACCAUCAAAGAGGGGCCUUUGACGUGGUCUGGGGAGUCUUUUGGUGUUUUGGGUUGGGGGUUGGUUUCCUUAAACCCUUCUGCUCUGAUGGGUCUGGUGAACAGCUGUUGGGUAUCACAAAAAGGCCUUAAGUGGUAAAUCCCUUUUGUAUCACUCUUCUGAAGAAGUUGCUUGUAGUAGAUGUCAAGGUGGUCCACACCAUGCACACACAACAGUCUUACCCAUGAAAAUAUCACUCUGCAAAAGUGCUCAUUUGAUGUAACUGCAACAGCCCUUGAAUGCAUGGGGGGCCUGGACGAGGAACCUAGUGGGAGGGAACCUAAUACCAUCCUGGAGGGCUAUGAUAUGCAGGACAACAACAAAGAGGAGAGAAACUAGUGCAAUUUGGGACCCAAGCUCCUUGGACAGACAGACUUCACAGUCAGGCUAGGCUCACAAGUUUUACUGGGAAAAGGAAGGUGCCAGGUCCAUACUGUUUGCUCCCAGCCCUGGCAACGCAGCUUCUAAAACAAAGCAGUUAGCAAAUGCUUUCACUCUUUGAGUAUUUAUAGCACAUUCUGGCCUUCAAACAGAGCAUUUUGUCCUGUUUUCACUAGUUACCAAAAAAAAAAAAAAGGCCCAGAAAUGGAAAAGCAAAGCCCAGUACACUAGGUUCAUCUGUCCAGAACCCCAUUCCAUUUGGUGUCCAGGUAACUUUGUUCUCCAGUUAAUCUGUGUCAAGGUGUAUGCAAAACGUAACUGCUGCCCCAUUCACACACCUCCCUAUGAAAUGGAGUUACUCAUUUGAUGGAAAACAAACUGCAGGAAAACAAACUUCCUUUUGCAGCCUGGCUUUUUCUUCAAGUUGGAAGCCAGCUCUUGGCCCGGCAUUUCAGUACUGCAGUUAAAAAUAACUUGGCCUCAUGGUCCAAGAGAUUAGAGAUAGGGAAACUCAGAUUUGUGCCAGAGGUUAAUCUGCUCCCGGACAGGUGAGGCUGAUCAGCACAGUCUGACACGAGGGGGAGGAGGUUGUGAGGAACAGAGGGUUUGAGGAAGCAGAGAACAGUUGAGGGGCUGGGUGUGCAGAGGGAGAGGAGCCAAGUGAUCUCUUCUAACUCACAUCCUUCCAGCAUGUGUACUCCUCUCCCAACCUGCCUUUGAAUUAAAGGCACAAUCAGUCUGCACAGCUGGCUUUGGCAACACAGACCCUGCUUUUGCUACCUCCCUGGCCUCACUCCAUGCCUUUCCUUAAGCUAUACCUGCUCAGCAGUCUUCAGCCUAGGAGUCAAAGCCCUGCUUCGUGUCAGCACCCCGUGCAGGUAGGAACAGGAACAAUGGGGAUUCCGGAAAAGGAAUCUCCCCCUUUUCAUGUCUUUCCAACUUAGAUUUAUGUGCAGCUCACAUUCCAUCAAAUGCAGUGACGGUCCCAGACGCAAAGGCCGAGUGUGUUCAGGGUGACGGCGUCAGGCUGAGCUCAUGCCAUCAGCGACUGCAGUACCAUUGCAAACUUCCACGUUCCAGAGAAUUCUGUUAAAAGUGUGAAUUCCAGAGGUAAAGCAUACACUGCAAUUACUCUUUUUUCUUCCCCCCUCAUUUUAAAAAAGAAAACAGCUAACAGAGCAAUUUUGUAACAGCUGAGUCUUUCAGGAAAUGCAGGUGUGUGCCCUCUUCACAGGAAGAGACUCACAACUGUGUUUCUGCAUGGGACAGGGAACUACUUUUGUGACACCAGUUUUGUUCUACACAAAGGCACGCUUGCAAUAAAUUUUUACAAGUUUUUUGUACACCAUGAGCUAAAUUCUGAGUUCCAAAAAAUGUGAAGUGUGGCAACAAUAACAAAAUGGGUUUAUAGUAUCACUCUGAUAUCUUGUCAUGUGAUUUUGUUUCUUCAACAAAGUUUGGUUACAAUCAACAACUUUGAAAUA